GUGCUUUUUACGAUUCACGACUGUCUCAGUCGGCUUUAAUCUUCUAUACAAUUAAUUUACCCAUCCCAACUACAACCAUGCUAUUACACAGAGCUUUACGGCGGCUCGCGGCCCCCUCGGCACUAUUAUCAGCACCUCUAAAACGGUUAAACUUGCCUAUACGCACACAAUUCCUCUCAGUAUCAGCUUCGACCUCGUCCGGCGAACCGUCAAUCCCCUCCGAACCUAUUCGUCCCGAACUCAAGGACCCCGUCUCCUCCACUACGCAAACAGAGCAAACAGAACAAGCAGAACAAGCAGCACCAAAGAAACCAGGGAAAUUGCCGUACUUCGUCGCCAGGAAUAACCUCAAUAAUCUUGGCGUGUAUCAUAGGAAUAAGCGUGGUGGAAAUCUGAAGGUCACGCUGGUGAAGAAUGGAGAAGGAGAUUUAAUGGCUUUGAAAAGAGACCUCCAGGAGGCACUGCAGCUCAAAGAUAAUGAAAUAGCUUUCAAUAGCAUUACUGGGCACAUUGUCAUAAGGGGUCAUGUGAAGUUGCAAGUUUUCAACUUCCUCUAUAGUAUGGGUUUUUAAGGGUGGCGAGAGAGUAGCGACGAUAUUUUCACGGCCACAUGAAGCCUACCUAUUACUAUUACCCGAGGAAGUAAGGUGAAGUAACCAUGGAGGAGCUUGUAUGAGUAUAUAAGCGGGGAGAAGAGCCAGGCAGGCAGACAGAAGUCUGUC